AUGUCUUCCGUGACUAUCCUUCAUCGUCAUUCAGCGGUCUCCCAUCGCUUACCUCUCUUGGAAGAACUUAAUUCGAGACGCUUUUUAUCGACUAGCGUUCACGUUCCAAUUGCAAUAACUCAAGACUACCCUAAAGGAACACAUUUCCUCCAAGAUUUACCAAUUUUCAUCCCUUUCGUUCUCCGAUACGACCUAGUUCCACAACUUUGCCAGCAGUUUUGCUCAGAUCAGCUCGCCGAAGAAAGAUCUUCAUGCACCGACAACUCUCCACACAACAAGCAA